GUACUGGCAACGUUGUGUAUUGCCGACAUAGUUUUGUGACGGUUCUGAGAGAAGCGGCGGCUUGAGUUGAUGGUGCCUUUUACGCAAAGUGUAAAAGAACAAUAAUUAAAUUUUUGUGAUUCUACGCAUUUUUUUGUUUUUAAACUCAUUUAUAUGCUAUGGCUUCAAACGGAAUAACGCAAGAAGAACGAGAAGAAAUCAAAGAAAGGUUCUGUGAGAUUGACAAAAACGGAGAUGGGCACAUAGACUUAAAGGAACUAAGAGAAGCUUUAGAAUUAUGUGGUCUGAAGAUAGCUGGUUACCAAUCACGCCUUAUCGAAGAGGAGUUCAAAAAUUCCAAUAAAUCAAAAAUAAACGGUAAACUGACAUUUGAUGAAUUCGAAAAACUUAUCUGUGAUCUCAAGGCUAAUGAAGUAGCUAACACAUUCCGAACUGCUGUAUCAAAAAGAGAAAACCUGCAGCAUCUUGGAGGGACUUCUGAAGCGUCGAACGAAGGUACAACCCAUUCAGUCAGAGUUGAAGAACAAUUAGCGUUUUCUGACUGGAUCAAUUCAAACUUACAACAUGAUCCUGACUUAAGAAAACUCUUGCCGAUUGACUCAGAAGGUAGAAACCUCUACGAGAAAGUUAAGGAUGGUAUUUUGCUGUGCAAAGUAAUAAACCAUUCAUGUCCAGAUACAAUUGACGAAAGAGCAAUAAACAAAGAAAAACUGACACUAUACACAAAACUGGAAAACCUCACACUCGCCUUAUCUUCUGCCUCUGCAAUUGGUUGUAACGUUAUUAACAUAGACGCACACAACUUGUCAAAAGGAACACCUCACUUAGUAUUAGGACUUCUUUGGCAAAUAAUCAGAAUAGGUCUUUUUAACCAGAUCACAUUAGAGCAUUGCCCAGGAUUGACGACCUUGCUCUCUGAUGAUGAAAAGAUUGACGAUUUGAUGAAAUUAUCUCCAGAAGCUAUCUUGUUGCGAUGGGUGAAUUACCAUUUAGAAAGGGCUGGAACACAUCGUCGUGUUACCAAUUUCCAGAGCGAUAUUGUAGAUUCUGAAGUUUACACUCAUCUUCUUAAACAGAUUGCUCCUGCAGAUAUUGAUGUUACUACUGAAGCUCUCUAUGAAAAGGAUUUAAUCAGCAGAGCCGAGAUUAUGUUACAGCAGGCUGCUAAACUAAAAUGCAGAGCUUUCGUUACUCCUCAGGAUGUCGUCAACGGAGUUUACAAGUUAAAUUUAGCCUUCGUGGCUAAUUUAUUCAAUAACCAUCCAGCUUUACAUCAAAAUGGAACCGACGGGUUCGAAACCAUUGAAGAAACGAGAGAGGAACGAACUUAUAGGAACUGGAUAAAUUCCAUGGGAGUAUCACCUCACGUCAACUGGCUAUAUUCAGAUCUUGCUGAUGGAUUAAUCGUCUUCCAAUUGUAUGAUAUAAUUAAACCUGGAACCGUGAAAUGGAACAGAGUGCAUCGCAAGUUCACUAAUGAGAGAAAGAAGUUCAUGGAGAAAUUAGAAAACUGCAACUAUUGCCGUCGAACUUGGCAAGGAGAUUAAAUUCUCUCUUGUCGGUAUUGGAGGACAAGAUAUUAAUGAAGGCAACAUUACAUUGACUUUAGCCUUAAUAUGGCAAUUGAUGAGAGCUUACACAUUGUCAAUUCUCUCCCAAUUAGCAGAUUCUGGUAGUCCCAUCGUAGAAAAAGAAAUUGUAAAUUGGGUUAACAAUAAACUAAGCGGUGCUGGAAAGAAGUCUUCCAUUCGUAAUUUUCUAGAUUCUUCCAUAUCUGAUGGGAAAGUUGUAAUUGACCUCAUCGAUGCUAUUAAACCUGGUGCUAUCAACUAUGAUUUGGUUAAGCAGGGAACGACUGAAGAGGAAAAACUGGCGAAUGCUAAAUACGCCAUCUCCAUGUCCCGUAAAGCUGGAGCAAGAGUAUAUGCUCUUCCUGAAGACAUUACAGAAGUUAAACCUAAGAUGGUAAUGACAGUAUUCGCUUGUUUGAUGGCCCUUGACUAUUUACCCAAUAUGGACAGCGCCAGACAGUAAUAUGUUGAUUAAUUUUACACACGUUUAGAUUUCACCAUUUGUCGUCACCUUACUAAAGAAAUCAGGUUACCAUUUCAGUUUAUCUACACUAUUGUGUAGUUUUUCUUUCUUUAUAAGUGCAUGAUCUUUUAUAGCAUAUAAAUUGAAAGAAUUUGCUCUGACCUAACAAAUAUCAAAGUAAAAAAACAUGUUGACGUCGAUAGAAAGGUGAAAGAUCUACUCAAAUUGCGUUUUAUUUAGUUUUAUUUACUAAUAUAUACUUUUUAAUCAAAAAGAUAAAGGAGGUUUCUAAGGUUUAAUAUAUUAUCAACUUUUUAUUUAUUUCUUAUAUUCGAUUUAUUUUACUAUAUUUUUUCAUUUAUAUUUAUAUACCAUUUUCCUGAAGGACCCGACACUGAUGUCAUCUGCCGAGGAAUGCAUCAAGUACUGAAGUUACGGGGGUUACUGGUCAAAUAUUUUCAAUAGUCAAUAAUAUUUAUUUAUUUAAGAGGAUUUAUGAUAAGCACUAAUUGUAAAAAUACCAAAAAACGUGUCUGUUUUUGCGGUAUAAAAUUAUCGUUUGUAAUAUCUGUACCCUGGAAUCAAAAAUUGGUCAACUCCAUUUUUACAACAAUGGAGAUAAUCACGUAUGUAUAAAGCCAUUAAUUCAUUGUUGGUUCUUUUCUCCCAACCAUCUUCUCUCUUCCGUCCUCCGAAUAUGCGUCUCAAUAUUUUCCUUUCUCAUCUUUCCAGAGUAUCCUCUUCCUUCUUAUUUAAUGUCCAUGUCUCACCGGCAUAUGUUACUGUGGUUCGAAUUACUGUUUUAUAUAUUCUGAGUUUACCUUGUCUAGAAACGUAUUUUGAGUUCAGUAGGGCUCUUAAACUACCUAAUUUUUUAUUCCCUUUUGCUAUUCUGGCUUCGAGCUCCCAUUUCUCUUUUCCAUCCCAUCCCGAUCCCAUAAAUCAAUCUGAUAUGUGACCCUGCCAAGCAAUUUCACACUUAAGAGUUAUUUAAUGUCAUUUUUACUAGCCGGAUCAGUUUCUUUGGUAUACCCAAAUGUUCCAUUGCUCGAUACAUUUUGACUCUAUCGACUCAUCAUAUGCCUGUCUAAAGUCCACAAACAAAACAUGCAGGGGAACUUUGCCUUCAUAACAAGUCGUUUGUAUCUCCUUUAAUGAGAAGAUUUGGUCUACGGUAGAUCUGUUCUUUCUAAAGCCGGCCUGAUAUUCAUGCAGGAU